AUGGAGGCGGCAGGUGUGAGCAAUGACACUCGUGGGUGGAUCAUGUGCAUCGUGAGCGGCUUAGCCUGCAUCAUCGGUGCAUGUGUGAUAUGUGUCGAUUUAUUGAUCCGCCACAUACCAGGAAAGGAGACUUUCAGCAUACAAGACAACAAUCCCUUCCUGGCAUGCUCGCUGAGCUUGAGCUUCGGUGUCAUGAUUUUCUCGGCCCUGUUUAGUAUGUUGCCCGAGUCAAAGGACUAUCUCAAGAAGGAUGACUGGUCCGAGUCCAAUGCCGGUCUGAUUAUGAUGGCCUGUUUUGUCGCCGGAUUUAUCGGCAUUCAGGCCAUCUCAAGACUGCUGCACCAAAUCAUGCCUUCCCACGUCGUCGAUUGUGAUCACUCCCAUGCCCACGACGACCCUGACGAGGAGGAUCAUAAACAUUCUCAUGCGGAGGGUCGUCAACAUUCGCGGGUCGGUAGGCCUAAACUGCGGAUGGGCAGGCGGGUAUCGAACAGUCACACGCAUCACGGGGCUUCUACAGAAGCCUCACCACUUCUUGGGUCUCAAGCCAACGGACGGUCAUCUGCUGAGCCUCGUCAGAGCGCAGUGUCGGCUGCUGCGAGUGACGCUCUCAACGCCCCUAGGCUGGGACUCGGCCGCCGCCCAUCGAUGAUGGAGAUGCGCAAGAGGGUCAUGUCCUUCGUCAAGGACACAAAGUCUACCUGUGACGAAGGCGGCCCUUGUUUUGGCUACAGUGACCCCUGCGGUCAGGGAUGCUUCAAGCACCUCAGCUCGCGGUCUUCCAUUGCGCGGCGGGGCUCCUUUGGCGUUUCGCAGACGCGGACUUCGCCCUUUUCACCCACGGCACCGCUUUUUGCAGCAGUUCCCGAAACUGAGAGUGAGGUCGAUUCCGGUACACGAUCGCCGCUGAGUCCUGCCCUCAGCCAUACCAGAGCCAGUGAUGUGCAUACGCACCAUUCACCGCAUGCACAUGGCCACCAUGAGCACGACCAUGAGUAUGAGCACAGCCACGAGCACGCAUCCGAGGAGCCCGAGUGCGAUCAGAUGUCUCUAGACCUUGAGGCCCAGGACGCUGCCCACCACCAUCAUGUCCCCACCAACGCCUUCCUGUCCAUCGGCCUGCAGACGGUCAUCGCUAUCGCACUGCACAAGUUCCCAGAGGGUUUCAUCACGUAUGCCACCAACCACGCCAACCCCCAGCUGGGCUUCAACGUGUUCAUGGCACUCUUCGUGCACAACAUUGCCGAGGGCUUCUCGAUGGCACUGCCCUUGUACAUGGCGCUGGGCUCUCGCUUCAAGGCGAUCGCAUGGUCGAGUCUGCUUGGUGGGUUCAGCCAGCCGCUGGGUGCAGCUAUCGCAUGGCUGGUAUUCAAGCUAGUUGGCAACCAUGCAGAACACCCGUCAGGUACCAUUGGAAUUGACAAUACCGCUUACGCGGCGCUGUUUGCCGCUACCGCGGGCAUCAUGACCAGCGUCGCGUUGCAGCUGUUUGUGGAGAGUCUGGGCCUCAACCACAACCGAAAUCUGAGUAUCGCCUUUGCAUUCUUGGGCAUGGUGUUACUGGGGGUGAGCAAUGCCGUCGCGGGGCAUUCGCACUGAUUUGAUCUUUACUUUGAUAAUUGUAUGGCUGGUAUAACACGGCUUGGCAUGGCACGGAGUAUCUUCGAGUAACGAAUGGCUUGGAAGUAUGUGUUUGAUGGCAUUAACCAAAGACAUGGACUGGAUGACUUCUGUAUUUGGUUUAUAAUGAGGUCGGUCUCUUAUGGUCGGCUGGCUUGGAUUUUCCUUUCUUCCUGGGCGUAUUGCCGGACUGGACCCUUGACUACUACUAUAUGGCGACUUCGGACAUUAGGGUGGAUAUUGUUUCUGGCUUUAGGUGCAAAGAAAGAAAAGAAAAGAGAGAAAAAGGUGGUCAUCGGAUACGGAGGGGAGGGGGAAAGAUGCAUUGAAGAGUGGCCACAGGACAAAUUUGGACCUGGUCGAUGGACUACGACGCUAUCCGUACGCUCGUCUUAGACGAUCAUAGAUAACUAACGCAGGGUAGAUGAGAGGAAACCUCACAUCCA